AAAAGGAAAACUCAAAAGGCGGUGGAUGCCCGACGGUACUUGAUGAGUUCAUAGUUUCAGAGCCCCUGGUUACGUUCUGAGCCGUCUGCACUGCCGGGGAUCGCUGGGGACGAAUCUCUCCGAACUCUGCCUCGCUGAAGAUCGCAGGCCACCGUUGACGGAUGGUGGACGUGAAGAUGGAGGAGAUGUCUCUUCCUGCACUUUUCGAGCAUGCUCGGAAGAUGCACUCUGCAGCUGUGGAUUCAUCCAUCGAACAGGAUACAUUGAGGAAGACAAUUGAAGCCUUGGAGAAAUGUGAGGAAAUGAUCAACAAACUGGGUCUUUUUUCAGCAAAUGAGUCAAAAGAAGAUAUUAGUACUGUAAAUCUGAAGUAUCUGCUGGUGCCCUUUUAUUUGGGGGAAUUGAUGGAAAAAGUUACGGAAGGAGACAGGAUCCAAGCACUCAAGGCUUCUCAAGAGCGGUUAAAGGAAUUCAUUUCCUUCUGUGAGAAGCUAGAGCUUGUGCCUGAAGAGGAGUUGGAUACUGCUCAAGUGGCCGCAGACACAGCUGUGAAUAGAAGAGCUAAAAAGAUUGCUCGUUUCAAGCGUCAGAAGGCUGCAGAAUCCAAGCUGCAGGAUAUUAAAGAGAGGAGGGAACGGAGGGGGAGGUCUUCUAGAGCGACUGCUUUGACCACCACAGUUGAAGUUGGAGAGGAGGAUGCACUUGAUGAUGAUGGUGAGGAAGAAAGGGAGGCAUGGCUUACAACUAUUUCAUUGGCUCUGUGUAAGGCUUUUGACUUGUUAGAUGUUCAAAAAGAGGAAGAAAUGCUCACCGUCAUAAAAGAGAAGCAAUUACAGGAGGGGAAUACAGAAUUUACACAUUCUUUCCUUGAUGAUCGAGUAAAGAAAGCAGAAGCAUGGCACAAACAAGCUGCUCUUCGGUCUCAGUUUUCAAAACCAGCACAGCCUAUAAUGUGCGCUACAUUUGCUCAGGAUGUUCUGGAAGGCCGUGCAAAGGCUUCUCAGGUGCACGAACACAAACAUCAGCCCUUUAUAUUUGGGCCUGCUAGUGUCAUAGGUGGGAACCUGAGUACUGAGAGGGAGAGAAUGACUGCACAAGUGUUCCAACCUAGUCACAGGUUGCCUACCAUGAGCAUUGAAGAAGCAGGCUUGUGGGAAAUGGACAUGAUGAAGAAAUGGCAAGAGAGAAACGCCAAAAUGGUGGAAGAAGCCACGUCUUCAUGGCACAAAGACAAUCGAAAUGGACCGAUUGAUGAAGAAGAUGAUGAUGCUGCACAAGAGAAGGCACGAGCUUGGGAUGACUGGAAAGAUGAUAACCCUCGUGGGGCAGGUAACAAAAAGCUCACGCCAUGUGGGUAGGCUUUUGCCAUUCUUGAUCUGUUUAUUUUUGUUUGGAGUCUUCGAAGCUUGUAUGUGCUGGCCCUUGGUUGUGGUUGAUUUGCUAUAAUAUACGUACUUGAUGCGGUAAUCUAGAAGUACCUUAGUCGUUUUGUGUGUGUUGAGUAUCUUGGUGCGUUUGGUGGGGUUCGGAAUUUUUAUUAUCAAUUGGGGGAGGUUUAUUUUGUGGUGUAUCAUGUAUGUUGCUGGUCAACAUCUUAGACAUUGAACUAUUUAGAUGACAUAUUCUCAUUGUGAACAUUAAAGUUAUUUGCUUUGAAAGCCAAA